AUGGUUUCUGCUGCUGAACGUCGAGUUGAAAAACCAGAAUAUAAAACAAAUUUUUAUGUUGAUGGUCAAAAAUUAUUUUGCGAAGUUUGUCAACAUGUUGUAGACUAUACAAGAAAAUCAAUAGUAGACAAUCAUCUAAAAUCCGAUAAACAUAAAAAUAAUAUUAUCAAAGCUGAAAAAUUAAGAUUAACUUACCAAACAACUCUUGAUACAGUGAGCAUCAAAUUAAGUGACUGUGAGCUUAUUAAUAUUGCUUUAGUAAAUGUAUUUACUAAAGCUGAUAUUCUAUUAUAUAAAGUUGAUAAGCUUAAAAGUUUUUUGUUAGAAUAUUGUAAAAAUGGUGGUAUGAUUGUAAAUUCAAAUCAACUUCGUAUUAAAUAUUUACCAAAAGUAUUUGAUACUGAGGUUUUAAAAUUACAAAACCUUUUAAAAGAAAAGCAAAUUUCUAUUAUUGUUAAUGAGACUAUGGAUGCAUGCAAUAGAGCCAUUAUUAAUAUAUUAUUUUGUUUUAAUAAUCAAACUAAACUUGCUAAAACUGAAUUUAUUACUACUGUAGAUAUAAGAGAAACAUGGAUUCAUUAUAAAAAUUUUCAAUUUUUAGCUAACAUUGUUAAAAAUAUCAAAGCAACAUUUGUUCAUUGUCCAGCUCGUAAAAGGCAAGAACAGAUUAAUAAUGAAAGUUAUGCAAUUCAAGAAUUAGCAAUAAUUUUCAAUAAUUAUACAAAUACUUUUAUUUUUAAAAUUUUAACGAUGUUUAUAUCAAUUAAUGCAAAACAUCUUGUAGAAGAUCUUGAAUUUUUUGAAACUAGAAAAAAACCUGUUGCUCCAUUUGUAGCACAAUGA